AUGGGGCCCGACAGUUUGGACUGGUGUCAAGUGCGAACCAGUGCCAAAGUCCACAUGUUACAGCUCGAUAGGAAUGAGAGCGCUCUCCCUGAGCUCAUGGGGGAGGACAAGGGAGGGAGAGGGGGGCCUCAGCACGCCGUGUUCUCAGUGCCGGCUUCACCAUCCUCUCCCGGAGAAAUAGGAGUCCAGGGUCCCAAAGGAGAUACUGGGCCUCGGGGUGAAAGGGGACUCCCAGGCCUACCUGGAAAAGAUGGCAACCCAGGAAAGCCUGGUCUUCCCGGCCUCCCUGGUCCCCCUGGUCUCCCUGGUCUUGGAGGAAACUAUGCUUCCCAGAUGUCUUACGGCUAUGAUGAGAAAUCAGGUGGUGGCAUGUCUGUUCCUGGACCCAUGGGUCCCUCUGGUCCUCGUGGUCUCCCUGGUCCCCCUGGCUCCCCAGGUCCCCAAGGUUUCCAAGGUCCCCCUGGUGAACCUGGCGAGCCUGGAGCUUCAGGUCCCAUGGGUCCCCGAGGCCCUGCAGGUCCCCCUGGCAAGAACGGAGAUGAUGGUGAAGCUGGCAAACCUGGUCGUCCCGGUGAACGUGGUCCUCCUGGUCCUCAGGGUGCUCGAGGUCUGCCCGGAACUGCUGGUCUCCCUGGCAUGAAGGGACACAGGGGUUUCAGUGGUUUGGAUGGUGCCAAGGGAGACAGUGGUCCCGCUGGUCCCAAGGGUGAGCCUGGUAGCCCUGGUGAAAACGGAGCUCCCGGACAAAUGGGCCCUCGUGGUCUUCCUGGUGAGAGAGGCCGCCCUGGACCUCCUGGCCCAGCUGGUGCUCGUGGUAACGAUGGCGCAACAGGUGCUGCUGGACCCCCAGGUCCCACCGGUCCUGCUGGUCCCCCUGGUUUCCCUGGUGCUGUUGGUGCUAAGGGUGAAGCUGGUCCCCAAGGAUCCCGAGGCUCUGAAGGUCCCCAGGGUGUCCGUGGAGAGCCUGGUCCCCCUGGCCCUGCUGGUGCUGCUGGCCCAUCUGGUAACCCUGGUGCUGAUGGACAACCUGGUGCCAAAGGUGCCAAUGGUGCUCCUGGAAUUGCUGGUGCUCCUGGCUUCCCCGGUGCCCGUGGUCCUUCUGGACCUCAGGGUCCUAGUGGUGCUCCUGGUCCCAAGGGUAAUAGCGGUGAACCUGGUGCUCCCGGUAACAAAGGUGACCCCGGUGCCAAGGGAGAGCCCGGCCCCGUUGGUGUUCAAGGUCCCCCAGGCCCUGCUGGGGAGGAAGGCAAGAGAGGAUCCCGUGGUGAACCUGGACCUUCUGGUCUGCCCGGCCCAGCUGGUGAACGAGGUGGUCCUGGAAGCCGUGGUUUCCCUGGUGCUGAUGGUGUUGCUGGUCCUAAGGGUGCCCCUGGUGAACGUGGUGCCCCUGGCCCUGCUGGUCCCAAAGGAUCUCCUGGUGAAGCUGGUCGCCCUGGUGAGGCUGGUCUGCCCGGUGCCAAGGGUCUGACUGGAAGCCCUGGAAGCCCUGGUCCUGAUGGCAAAACUGGUCCUCCUGGUCCCGCUGGUCAAGAUGGUCGCCCAGGACCUCCAGGCCCUCCUGGUGCCCGUGGUCAAGCUGGUGUCAUGGGAUUCCCUGGACCCAAGGGUGCUGCUGGAGAACCUGGCAAGGCUGGAGAGAGAGGUGUCCCUGGACCCCCUGGUGCUGUGGGUGCUGCUGGAAAAGAUGGAGAAGCUGGUGCUCAAGGUCCCCCCGGUCCUGCUGGUCCUGCUGGUGAGAGAGGUGAACAGGGUCCUGCUGGCUCCCCUGGAUUCCAGGGUCUCCCUGGCCCUGCUGGCCCACCUGGAGAAGCUGGCAAGCCUGGUGAACAGGGUGUUCCUGGAGAUGCUGGUGCCCCUGGCCCCUCUGGCGCAAGAGGUGAGAGAGGUUUCCCUGGAGAACGUGGUGUGCAAGGUCCUCCUGGCCCUCAGGGUCCCCGUGGUGCCAAUGGUGCUCCCGGCAAUGAUGGUGCUAAGGGUGAUGCUGGUGCUCCUGGUGCCCCUGGUGGCCAAGGGCCCCCUGGUCUGCAAGGAAUGCCUGGUGAACGUGGUGCAGCUGGCCUUCCCGGUGCCAAGGGUGACAGGGGUGAUGCUGGUCCCAAAGGCGCUGAUGGUGCUGCUGGCAAAGAUGGUGUACGUGGCCUGACUGGUCCCAUUGGUCCUCCUGGCCCUGCUGGUCCUUCUGGUGACAAGGGUGAAUCUGGUCCCAGCGGCCCUGUUGGUCCCACUGGAGCUCGUGGUGCCCCUGGAGAACGUGGUGAGCCUGGCCCCCCUGGUCCUGCUGGCUUUGCUGGUCCCCCUGGUGCUGAUGGCCAACCCGGUGCUAAAGGUGAACCUGGUGAUGCUGGUGCUAAAGGUGAUGCUGGUCCCCCUGGCCCUGCUGGACCCACUGGUGCCCCUGGCCCUGCUGGUAAUGUUGGUGCUCCUGGACCCAAAGGUGCCCGUGGCAGCGCAGGUCCUCCUGGUGCUACUGGUUUCCCUGGUGCUGCUGGAAGAGUUGGUCCCCCUGGCCCCUCUGGUAAUGCUGGACCCCCUGGACCUCCUGGCCCUGCUGGCAAAGAAGGCGGCAAAGGCCCCCGUGGUGAGACUGGCCCCAUUGGACGUCCCGGUGAAGUUGGACCUCCCGGUCCCCCUGGCCCAAGUGGAGAGAAGGGAUCUCCUGGUGCUGAUGGCCCUGCUGGUGCUCCUGGUACUCCUGGACCUCAAGGUAUUGCUGGACAGCGUGGUGUGGUGGGUCUGCCUGGACAGAGAGGAGAAAGAGGUUUCCCGGGUCUUCCUGGUCCCUCUGGUGAGCCCGGAAAACAAGGUCCUUCUGGAGUAAGUGGCGAACGCGGCCCCCCUGGCCCUGCUGGCCCCCCUGGAUUGGCUGGACCCCCUGGUGAAUCUGGACGCGAGGGCUCUCCUGGUGCUGAAGGCUCCCCUGGUCGUGAUGGCUCUCCAGGCCCCAAGGGUGACCGUGGUGAGACUGGUCCUGCUGGCCCCCCUGGUGCUCCUGGUGCCCCCGGCGCUCCUGGCCCUGUGGGUCCCGCUGGAAAAUCUGGAGAUCGUGGUGAGACUGGUCCCGCUGGUCCUGCUGGUCCCGUUGGUCCCACUGGUGCCCGUGGACCUUCUGGACCCCAAGGCCCCCGUGGUGACAAGGGUGAGACAGGUGAACAGGGAGACAGAGGCAUGAAGGGUCACAGAGGCUUCUCUGGUCUCCAGGGUCCCCCUGGUCCUCCUGGUUCUCCUGGUGAACAAGGUCCUUCUGGAGCUUCCGGUCCCGCUGGCCCCCGAGGUCCCCCUGGCUCUGCUGGUGCUGCUGGAAAAGAUGGACUCAAUGGUCUUCCUGGCCCCAUCGGUCCCCCUGGUCCCCGUGGUCGUACUGGAGAUGCUGGUCCUGCUGGUCCCGCUGGACCUCCUGGACCCCCUGGUCCUCCUGGUCCCCCCAGCGGUGGAUUCGACUUCAGCUUCCUGCCCCAGCCACCCCAGGAGAAGGCUCACGACUCUGGCCGCUAUUACCGAGCUGAUGAUGCUAACGUGCGUGACCGUGACCUUGAAGUGGACACCACCCUCAAGAGCCUGACCCAGCAGAUUGAGAACAUCCGAAGCCCUGAGGGAACUCGCAAGAACCCUGCCCGCACCUGCAGAGACCUCAGGAUGUGCCACUCAGACUGGAAGAGCGGAGAGUACUGGAUUGAUCCCAACCAAGGCUGCAACCUGGAUGCCAUCAAGGUCUUCUGCAACAUGGAGACUGGAGAAACCUGUGUGUACCCCACCCAACCUAACGUGCCCCUGAAGAACUGGUACAUUAACAAGAACCCCAAGGACAAGAAGCACAUCUGGUUUGGCGAGAGCAUGACCGAUGGAUUCCAGUUCGAGUAUGGUGGCGAGGGCUCCGACCCUGCUGAUGUGGCUAUCCAGAUGACCUUCCUUCGCCUGAUGUCCACUGAGGCCUCUCAGAACAUCACCUAUCACUGCAAGAACAGCGUGGCCUACAUGGACCAGCAGACCGGCAACCUCAAGAAGGCUCUGCUUCUCCAAGGCUCCAAUGAAAUUGAGAUCCGUGCUGAAGGCAACAGCCGAUUCACCUAUGGAGUCACUGAAGAUGGCUGCACGAGUCACACUGGAAACUGGGGCAAGACAGUCAUCGAAUACAAGACCACCAAAACCUCCCGCCUGCCCAUCAUCGAUGUGGCCCCCAUGGACAUUGGCGCCCCCAACCAGGAAUUUGGCUUCGACGUGGGUCCCGUCUGCUUCCUGUAAACUCUCCCCUUUCCCUACUGGCUCCCUCCCACCCAUCUUCCUUCCCUCUGAUCCCAGAAAAAAAAAACAAAAACAACCCAACAGAACAAAAAAAAAAGCCAAAAAAAGGAGAAAAUUUCACAUGGACUUUGGAAAUUUUUUUUUUCCUUUCCGUUCAUCUCUCGAAACUUAGUUUUCGUCUCUGACAAACCAAAUCUGACCCAAAAAAACCAAAAUUGAACCAAAAGCAUUAAAUCUUUCAAAAAAGAAUAAAUAAAUAACUUUUUAAAAAAAAAGGAACUUGGUCCACUUGCUUGAAGACCGAUGUGGGGGUAAGUCUUUUUUAGCCCACUGGGCUUACAGAUGCCCCAGCUUUUGCCAUUCUGUUCCCUUCUCCACCUCUUCCCCUUGGGGACUUCUCCCCCACAGCCUCCCUGCAAUGCAAGUCUCCCCCACGUCCCAGGAAAUGCUGGGCCAAGCCGUGGUCUUCCUGGCAACAAGAGAACAGAUGCUCCAACAUCCAAGUGUCUUCAGCCUUGACCCCACCCUCUCUCCAUGCCAGCCUCCCACUCCUCCCCUCACAGUCCCCUCCAAGGGGGAUGGGGAGAUGGGGUCCCAGACUCAGCUUCUCUGCUGGUCUCUUUUCUCAAUACCACUGCAAAGGAAGAUGUACUAUCUGAAUGCAAGCCUCUGUACUGCACUCUUC